AUGUCGUUUCUAGUUCUGGGCCAAGAGUCGCCGGAAUCCUUCUUGGUGGUCAUCAACGACAUCAAUCUAGAAGCCACGGUGACGAAUCGCAGCAACGUCGCCGCCGCUUGGAUCAACGGAACAAAGCAUAUCGACGGUCGCCGUCUCAUCGUCGGCAUCAGCACCACUGACACGUACGGCACUAUCCCUCCCCCAAUCUCUCCCACUCCCCAAAAUCCUUCGCCGUCCUCCUACAACAAUUUUCUCCGCCGCCACCCUAACUUCUUUGACAACCUGGCCGAUCCCCCAACCUCUUUUCCGGCUAAAACAAAGGGCGGAUCCUUAAAACCCCCAGCUAUCUCCAAGAAAUCUGAAACUCAACCCGCCGCCACUCUCUCUGAAUCAAUGGCUUCUGUCGGUUCCUCUCCACCCGCAUCGGCUCCUGAUUCUUCGAUUUUCUUGCCGUCUGAAAUUAAACAGAUCAAUAACCCAUCCUUCCCUUCAUCAUCAACCCCCAGAACUCUCUUCAAUCCAAAGGCUCCCAUCGAUCCAUCUUCAGGCAAUAUCGCAACCAUCCAGCUCUGCUGCGGGAACAGAUGCCUCGUAUUCUCCCUCCUCUACAACGACGGAGGAAUUCCCGACGCUCUCGUCAAUUUCCUCUUCGAUCGAGAUCAAGUUACGCUCGUCGGAGCAGGGGUUCGGCGAGCGGGCGAUUGGCUCGGCCGGCCAGAUCCGAUGCUUGUGUACGUGGAUCCAUGGGAACUCGGCGAGGCGAGAGCGUGGCGAGGGUUGCGUCGGCUGACAACUCUAGAUCAGCUCGCCAGAAAAUUGCUGGGGAGGGAGAAGGCGAUUAGGCUUCAGCAGGUUCGGUAUUGGGAUCGGUGGCCGCUGUCGGAGAAUCAGAUGGCGGUUGCUUGCUUGGACGCUUAUUUGCUGUCUCAGAUCGGCAAGAAGCUGGUGGAGAUUACUCGGGAGGCUUUCCCAUGUUACUUUAUGAGUACAUUCUAG